AUGAAAAAAACUAAAGAUAAAAGUAGCAAUAAUCUUGAGGACCAAAUAAGAGGAUUCAAUAAUAAAGCUGGUGAUGAACAAAGUAAAUGCUUUGCUUGUAAUAAGAAAUCAAAGGAUUCUCUAAGCAAUGCCAGCUUAGGAUCAGCGAAGGAUGAUUCGGAAACUUCCAAUAAAACCAAAGGAAAAGAUAACGCCAAACUCGAAGAUACUUGGAAAAGUUACGAAGGAAAUGCCAUCGACAUUAAAGAUUUGGCCGAUCACGUGGUAAAACUCAAAUCCAGUGGCGGAUUCGUCAAAGAACACGAGAAGCUACCCCAGGGGCUUUUAAAGCCGAUGACUAUCGGCCUGAAGGCCGUCUACAGAGAUAAGAAUAGAUAUUCCAACAUGGUUCCUUACGAUUAUAACAGAGUUAAACUGAAACCCUAUGCUACGAACCCGGACGGGUAUAUUAACGCCAGCUUUAUCGACGGUUAUAGAAAGGAGAAAUACAUUGCUACUCAGGGUCCGAACGUUUUUAGUAUGAACGACUUUUGGGCCAUGAUAUGGCAGAAGCGAUGCUCGAAGAUCAUUAUGCUAACCAAUUUGAUCGAGCAAGGACAAAAUAAAUGCGACAAGUACUGGCCGGACGACGUUGACAUAUAUGGUAGCAUUAAAGUGAGUCGCGUGAUCACGAAGACGGUGGCGGAUUACACGCUAUGCGAUUUCGGUCUCACCAAUGUAGAAACUUACGAAACCAAAAUAAUUAGACAUUUCAGAUUUACUGCUUGGCCAGAUCACGGAGUUCCAGCGAAUCCCACAGAACUCUUGGGAUUUUACCACGUUAUUCAGCAACAUCAAUCCGCACUUUCAGGACCGAUAGCCAUACAUUGCAGCGCAGGUGUGGGUAGGACAGGAACUUACAUCGCUCUCGAAGCCAUGAUAGAAAUGGCGAGAGAAAUGGGCCAGAUCGAUAUCUACGGAUUCUGCAAAGAAAUGAGACAGCAACGAAUAUGCAUGUUGCAAACACCGGAGCAAUACACGUUUCUGCACGAGGCCCUAGUGGAGGCACUACAAAUUGGUAAGACCUUCGUGGCAUGUUCCAAUUGGGCCGAUUAUUAUCUCGAGAUGGAAAAAAACCUGGAAAACGGUAAAAACGGAGUUCACACCCAAUGGGAGAUCAUUUGCAAAAUAGCUCCACCCAACAAAAUCAUAUUCGAUUCUAGUAACCAAGGCUUCAACCCCAUGAACAUCAAGAAGAAUAGGGACCCCAAAGUGGUUCCAGCUGAGAUUAAAAGACCCAAGCUUAAAAUCUUGGGAGAUGGUCGAGACGGAUUCCUUAGUGAUUAUAUUAACGCCGUUUUCGUCAACGGAUUCAAAGUAAACGACGCCUACAUAGUAACUCAACAUCCGUUCCCCAGUACCAUAGUCGAUUUUUGGAAGCUGGUUUACGAUUACAACGUCUAUUCCAUCGUUAUGCUGAACCAAAUCGACAAAAAUAGUCAGACCGUUACGCCGUAUUGGCCUCAAGAAGGUACAGCGCUUUAUGCAUCUCUGGAAGUCAAAAUGUUAGACACUAGUGCCGUAGUUACGAAAAAAUACAAGAAGAGUCUGACUAUACGAAAGUUAUCGCUAGCUAAUUUGCUAAAGCCUUCCGAGAAAAAAAGGAUAAUUAAGCAAUUCCACGUGUCAAGUUGGACUAACAACGAACGAGUUCCUAGUUGCACCAUUCCCUUGUUGGAAACUUUGGAAAGAUCGUACGAAUGGAACGAGGAAAACAAGGCUAAAUACAUUUUAGUCCACGAUCUAGACGGUUACACACGAAGCGGAAUUUUUUGCGUGUGUGCGCGAUUAUGGGACCAGAUGAGGAUCGAACGAGGAUUGAACAUUUACCUUUCCGUCAGAUCUGUCAGAGCGUCCAGACCACAGUUUAUAAAAGAAUACGAUGAUUACGAGUUUCUUUACAAGUUCACCGCGGACUGCGUCGACGCUUACGAUUCUUGGAAACACGAGAUCGAGGAUAUCCAUUACAUAGAACAUUAUAUGCCAGCUCCUGAAUAA